CGUAGGCAAACAGGAACAUGGCCACCGGUUUCUAACAACACAGUCCGUCUUUAAGUUGCUUUUCCUUGGACGUCACUCAGUCCGUGACAACCCGAAGCGACAGCAGAAACGCGUCUGUGGAGUUUUCCGGCGGCAGCCAGACUCUUGAAACUUGCGUGUUCGUCGUCCAUCAGCGUCAGUGUGGGUUAUCAUGGCGAGUCCAAGGACCAGGAGAGUUCUGAAGGAAGUGAGAACUCAAGAUGAGAACAAUCUUUGUUUUGAGUGUGGGGCAUUUAAUCCUCAGUGGGUUAGUGUGACGUACGGCAUUUGGAUUUGUCUUGAGUGCUCUGGAAAGCACAGGGGGCUUGGAGUGCAUCUCAGUUUUGUGCGCUCAGUCACCAUGGACAAAUGGAAAGAUAUUGAGCUGGAGAAAAUGAAAGCAGGAGGAAAUGGAAAAUUUCGCCUUUUUCUUGAACUCCAAGAUGAUUAUGAUCCUAACUUGAAUCUACAGGAGAAAUACAACAGCAAAGCUGCUGCUCUCUUCAGGGACAAGGUAGCAACUGAAGCGGAGGGGAAGGAAUGGUCCAUUGAGACAUCUUCUGCAAAAAAUUGGACAUCUCCUCAGCCCAAGUCCAGCUUUUCAUCCUCCAGUCGCUCUGGAGGACCUGGACAGAACUCGGCAAAUUCAAGUGACAAAGCUUUUGAAGACUGGUUGAGUGAUGAUGUUAACUCUUAUCAGAGUGGAGGCGGUUACAGUGGAAAUCAGGAGAACCGUUAUGUUGGAUUUGGCAACACAGUCACUCCGGAGAAGAAAGAUGACGACUUCCUGAACAAUGCUAUGACUUCAAUCUACUCAGGGUGGAGCAGUUUCACGGUUGGAGCCAGCAAGUUUGCUUCUAUUGCCAAAGAUAAUACGUCUAAACUGGCAAACCAAGCAACUUUAAAGGCCUCUGAGUUAGGACAGACAAUAAAUGAGAAUGUUAUCAAACCUACUCAAGACAAGGUGAAAGAUGGCAAAUUGCUAGAUGAAAUGACAGUCGGCAUCACUGGGCUGGCGAACAAGGUUCAGGGAGCUGGUGCCAAAUUAACUACCCUGUUUACUGGAAAGCCGGAAGAUGGGUCGGGUGGAGAGAGCUAUCAAAACAUGGAUGCCACUGAAGGAUAUCAGGGAAGUUCUAGCCAGCCCGUCUCGAGGGACUUCUGGGAAACCUUUGGCAGCAACAAUUCCUUAAAGGAGAAGAAAUCUCCCAGCAGUGAAAGCUGGACCAUUGCAGAUAAUUCUGCAAAGAAGAGCUCUGACAGUUGGGACAAUUGGGGAUCUGAAGCAUUGUCCAACAACAAGCACAGCACGGAAGAGGGCUGGGAAGCCUGGGACAACAACUGGGACAAUGCAGACGGUAAGACAAAGAAGAGUCCUGCGAAACCUGCUGAGGAAACCUGGGAUAAAGCAGACUGGUAGUGGCUUCACAAACAUGCACCUCUCAUCUUUUUAUCCCCUCGUCAGGCCUUUUCCCGUCUCUCUCUGUCCCACUGAUCAUCUCACUGGCAUGUUCAGGAAAAGGGUUGUCAACUUUGUUCCUGUUUAUGCAUUUGAUGUAUUUACCCAUGAAACAAUCAAAGAAACCCAGGGAUGAGUUUAGCUCAUGAAAUUACAGAAAAAUAAAUCGGUAAAAUGAAAUUACACUGACUUCCAGAGCUGUAUUUUAUUGUAAAUUGCCUCCAUGACAAGUAAUCAAGCUCCAUCAGUGUAAAUAAGAUCAUAACUCCCUGUGUGGAUUCCCCAUAUAUAUACUUCAAAAGAUGAAAAAGUCAAUGUUUUAUUGUAUUAUUGGUUAAGUGGUAAUGGUGUUUAUAUUACCACAUAAGAUAUGAUGCACGCAAGAAUAAAUUUGACAUUGUAAAUGUGGAUCUUUGUAAAUUCAACUAAACGCUAAUCACAUGUUUUGUGUUCCGUUAGAUUAGGCCCCUCGACGUUUUUGUACAUUUUGUAAAAUUGAUUAAUUUAAAGAAUAUUUGCUCGACUCAUAUCCCUUUUCAGUCCUGCAAUUGGUUUUGCUAAAUACAGCAAAUGGUUGGAAUAAUUGUGACUUAAUUAAUUAAAAUGUCUUUGGAAGUGUAAACUAGUCACAUUUUUAACUAAAUGGCCCUCAUAGCCUUAUUGGUAAUUAAUAAGACCAAAAAAGAUAGGAAUUCGUCAGAGAUUUUCAGAAAACUCCUGGCCAUGAUUGUUGUCAAGAGAUAAGAAUAGAGAAGCAACAAUUGUUUUCGGUUAUUUUUUUAUAAGUGCUGUAAACUAAAGAUGAAUUAAAUUUCUCAUUAAUAGCCCUUGAUAAGAAAAUCAAAACAAAGUUAUUCAUAACUUUCUUUCUUACCUGAGUUAUAAGUUCCUUUUUACAUAAAUAACAUGUUUUUAAAUAAUGUAUUCAUCCAAUAAUAUGCACAUAUGUCUAAACUUACAUUUUUGCAGUGUUUGGUAUAUUUGAUUUUCAUAAAUGAGGUUUUAAAAACUCAUUUUAUUUAAUUACAUGGUACAUUUAUGAAUCUUUAUUAAUUGAUUUAAACCUUUUACAAGAACACAAAACCCAACAUUGGAUCAAUUUCCUCCCCCCUUCUUUUUUUAAGGUGUGCAUUGUCCCAAUUAUUGUAAUUGUACACCACUUCAUACUACAUUUAUUCAACUAAAAUGCAGCCAGGUAUAUCUACCAAUAUUUGGGGAAAGCAAAGGAAUUUACAGCCAAAUUAUGCUAUUUAUUGUUAUAACCUUGAAGAUAUCUGAGUUGACUAAGUUUUGUUCUUGAUUAACUGCCAGCACAUGAUGCACUUAUGUAAACUGGUUUAAACCAUUUUUGACCAACUUGCAAACUCUCAUAAAUGUAGAGUAAUGGCUUGCAUUAUUAGACAUAAAAAAUAAAUGUAAUUUAUAACUAUCAUUUUCAUCCUUUUUUCUUUUUUUUUCAAAAUACAAUUGGAUAUUUUGAAUAAUUCAUUCCUAAAUAUAUAAUCUCCUAUAAAUACACUUGCAUAAAAUAUCCUCCUUAUAGGCUAAUAGUCCAUUUGUGAUUGAAGGCUGUGCUUCAGCACAUCAGUGCAGGUGGAGUGUGUAUUAUAUUAUUUUCAGGUUGAAGCUGUAACAGCCACCGUGUGAGCCUAUAACCCCUCAACUGAAGAGGACGUUGUCAAUUACUCUCAUAGAAAGCUGCUCGCUGUAAACUACGUGAAUUUCACGUUGGCCAUAUCUUAAAAAUGGUAUUGGCAUCUAAUUUGUGGGCAGAUAUCAUUGAGCCUCGUCAUAUGCUGUAUGAUUAGAUGGUCAAGGCUGUCAACUUUUUUCUGAAUUAAUUAAAAUUAUCACAUUUGUCAGUUUAAAUGGCAGCUGCACUCGUAGCUCAAGUUUAACACAAGCCCAUUAUGAAAAGUUUACUAAAAUACUAGAAAAUGUGGUCAACAUGAAUCUGGCAAUUGUAAUAAAAGAAAUUAGUAAAGUGUUUGGAUUCUAGCCAGUUUGCAAUGUGGAGCUUGAGUAUUGUUUGGUACUACUAACUGAAUUUAAGAAACACUUCUAUUCUUCAUCAUUGAUGCAAGCAACUUGAACUCAUCAUGAAUACAACUGAAGUAGUAAUUCAGGUUUGGCUUUGGUUAGCUCAAACUGAUGAUAAAAACAUUUAAUUGUACCGCAAAUGAUUAACAUCAACUUUUGUGUCUGGCACCAUGGACCAGUAGUAACACAGAUACCGGGUUGUUCGAGCUCCCACAGUCCAGAUUGGGCUUAAAGAUAACUAAAACUGGAAUCUCCUUUUUCACAGGUUUUAAUGGGUGAAAUAAAAAUCCUGUCAACUUCCUUCCAUGACCAUUUUACUACCUCUGAUAAGUUUUCAGUUUACUGGCUUUUUUUUCUUCCUUCCUCUCAUCCUCUUUUUAUUAUUGUUAUUCUUUUCCCCCAUGGUUUUUGUGUUUUUUUGAAAAUGGUGUUUUGACAGCAAAAAUUAAAAUUUGAGUCAGUGUCGCUUUAUUUUCAGUGAAAAUGUUGUACUGUCUUAAAAAAACAACAAAAAUACUCCUGUGACAUUUGUCUUGCUGAACUUCUGCAGUUGUGUUCAUGUAUGAUGAAGUAUUACAAGCCUUAAACAGCUGUUAUUAUUAUUAUUAUUAUUAUUAUUAUUUUUCAUUAUAUUUCUGUUGGUGAUGCUUAUGUAUGUUUGUUUGCUUGUUGCUCCUGUGCAGUGAGAUGUACAUGUCUGUAAAUGAUCACUUGACAUAUGAACGUUGCAACUCUCACCUUAUUCCUGGGACUUAAAAGUAUGGCGUGUGUGUGGCGGUGGCUCUUUAUUUUGUGCUUGUGUGGCUUAAAACAGACGUUUUCUCCAAAUGAAGGAACAACUUUGUGCUGUGAUAUCUCACCGUCUAGGAGAGUGGCAUAUUUGAACAUUCUCUUGUCUGAAAAUGUUUUUUUAAAACCCUCUAAUUUGUGCAAAACGUGUUGUUUUAACUAAUGCCUCACUGGGGUCGCUGGUACGCUCUAUUCAUGCACUAACUGCAGAAUGUGUCAAAUGCAUCUAAUUCAUGUUGAUAUUAAAGCCAACAAUUAUUUUAUUUUAUUUUUUCCUACAUCAGCUCAGUUCAGAUCAAGACUUUCCUUCAGCCGCAGUAGAGCUCAGAUCAUGUGCCUGUAGAGCAUCCGAGUCUCAGUGAGCAUCUGUUUGUCCGUGAAACUAAAUGUCAGAAAUGCUGUUUAUGAUGUGCAUGAUGUGUAAUGUGGAGCUAAAUACAUGCAGUUGUUUCAACUCUGAAUUCAAGUGCGGUCGUCCUGUUUGAACUUUCACCAGCACCCAUCCUAAGAGCUGAGUCUAUGAUACUGACCCCUUUCCGACUGUGGAUAUUUUUCUUGUACACAUGAUUUCUGUGUGAAAUAAAGAUGUGUUGUGAAAGAC